AUGGGUUCGUCCAAUGGCGGAGUGCCUCCUGGGUUCCGGUUCCAUCCAACGGACGAAGAGCUCCUCCACUACUACUUGAAGAAAAAAUUGUCCUUUGAGAAGUUUGACAUGGAGGUCAUUAGAGAAGUGGACUUGAACAAGAUGGAACCUUGGGAGUUGCAAGAGAGAUGCAAGAUUGGAUCGACUCCACAAAACGAGUGGUAUUUUUUCAGUCACAAGGACAGGAAGUAUCCAACAGGGUCAAGGACGAAUAGGGCAACUAAUGCAGGAUUUUGGAAAGCAACAGGGAGGGACAAGUGCAUCAGGAACACCUACAAGAAGAUCGGUAUGAGGAAAACCCUUGUUUUCUACAGAGGAAGAGCUCCCCAUGGCCAAAAGACUGAUUGGAUCAUGCAUGAAUACAGGCUUGAAGAUGGCGACGAUCCACAAGGAAACCACAGUGAAGAUGGAUGGGUGGUAUGCAGGGUGUUCAAGAAGAAGAAUCUCUUCAAGGUUGGUGAUGAUGGAGGGUCAAGCAUUAACUCAUCAGAUCAUCAACAGCUCAAUGUCAAUACCACUUCAAGCAGCAGCCAACCUCAAGCUCGCUCUUUCAUCCACAGAAGCGACCGAUACGUAGUGCGUCACCAACACAGCCACAACACUCAACAAAACUUUGAAUUAAACAAGGCUGAACUAGCCCUUCACUAUCCUCACAUGCCAACCCCAACGCCUCAAUAUUCUCUUUUCCAACCCCAAACUCUACUUCAAACCCACAAGCCUAUCUGCUAUGAGUACCCCAUGGCUCUUACCUCGGACUCUCCCAUCAUGAUUAAACAACUCAUGUCAAACCCUAGGGAUUGUGAGAGUGGCAGCGAAAGUGUUAGGUACCAAGCUUGUGAGACAGGUCUAGAGGUUGGCACGUGUGAACCAACUCAACAAAUGGGCGUUGCUGGAAGAGAUGAGGGCAUGAAUGAAUGGAGUAUGCUUGAUCGGCUGGUCACAUCCCAUAUAGGACACGAAGAUUCUUCCAAAGCGGUGAGGUUUGAGGACAGUACAAAUGCUACCUCUGUGCACCCAAUCAGCCAGCUUUCACUACGAGGAGAGAUGGAUUUUUGGAGCUAUGGGAAAUAGUGGUGAAUUUUAUGGAUUGAAAUCCCACAAUGUGGUCUAGAGCUAAAUGGCUCUUGUCAUAUUUCUUUCGAGGAAAAAGGAACUACUUUCAUAGUA